CUCCUGUCAGUGAGCUGAUGAAUGCGGAAGAGCUGGGGGUCAGAGUUGAAUGUUUCACAGAAAGCUCAAUAUGGAUUCCAUAUUUCAUGAGAAACAAGAGGGCUCCCUGUGUGCCCAGCAUUGCCUCAACAACCUCCUGCAGGGGGAGUACUUCACCCCCGUGGAUCUGUCCUCCAUUGCUCAUCAGCUGGAUGAAGAGGAGAGGAUGAGGAUGGCUGAGGGGGGCAUGGCCAGUGAGGAGUACAGGACCUUCUUACAGCAACCCUCAGGGAACAUGGAUGACAGUGGAUUCUUUUCAAUACAGGUUAUUAGCAACGCUCUACGGGUGUGGGGCUUGGAGCUAAUCCUCUUUAACAGUCCAGAGUACCAGAGGCUGAUGAUAAACCCAAUAAAUGAGAAAGCCUUCAUUUGCAACUAUAAGGAGCACUGGUUUACUAUACGCAAACUUGGGCAGCAGUGGUUCAACCUGAAUUCACUGCUGACCGGACCUGAGUUGAUAUCAGACACGUAUUUAGCCCUUUUCCUCGCACAGCUGCAACAGGAAGGUUAUUCCAUAUUUGUAAUCCGAGGAAAUCUCCCAGAGUGUGAGGCAGAGCAGAUUCUUGGGAUCAUGAGGGUCCAUCAGCAGCAGCGGCCCAGACUCAUUGGAGAGGACGAGGCCCAGACCAGUAUGGGGACAUCAGGUUCUCAGAGCCAGGCAGAUGUGGGGUUCAGUGUGGAGGAUGACGACGAAGAAUUAAAGAGAGCUCUGGCUCUCAGCAGACAGGACAUGGAUGUGGAAGAUGAAGAGGCUGAUGUCCGUAGAGCCAUACAGCUCAGCAUGCAAGGAACGGUGAGGAGCGAAAGGUCUUCAGAGUGUGAGGUGUUCGAUGUGAAAUCACGUAUCGCUGGUGAUGAACAAAAAGGAGGCCAGAGUGAGACACUUACAGCUGAGGAGCUGAGGAAGAGGAGACAAGCCUACUUUGAUCGGCAGCACCCACAAGCUCAGCCAAACCUUCCCCAACAGCCAGAUGUACCUCCAACCGCUGGGUCAGGAUCAGCAAACAACGCCUCAGAGGAAUACCAACAGCAAGAGUCCAGCCAGUGAAAUCGUGAAAAGUUUGUGUUGUUAACCAGCAGCCUGGAUCAGAAACCCCUGACUGGGGCAGCUUUAUCCCUCCUCUAACCUUUUGCAUAUGCAAAUAUAAGGACGUAAGGACUUGGUUUCCUGUGUUAGUUCACUGACCGACCAGAGAGAAGAGAAGAGUGACAACGAAGCGGCAGCACUUUGAUGUGACUCGGUGAAGCACUUGGAAAGUGGGGGAAAGGGGUCACCACUAGGCUCAAGAGGACUCAUGAUGCAGUAAAUCCAAGAUUGCAAUUGCCUUUUUUACCAUGGCGCCUUCUUUUCUAUUGAAUACAGUUUUUUUGUUUUUUUUUAUUCCAGUUCUUUUGUUUUUUAGGGAGACCUGGAAAGACAAAAAAACAUGGAAUGGGCUUGAGUUGGAGGUAAAAAACGGAGCUAGGCAUUCUAUGAAAGCCAUAAGAGACCAAGGUUUUGGAUACAGAUAAAAGCUUUAUAGGACAACCCCUCCUGCUGUUAGGUUUGGGUUUGUGGAACAAAGAAAUGAUCAGGAGGCCUAAUCCAUCAUCACAACUCCUUUAUAGUUUGAAAUAAUCCAACAAUUUCACGCUGCACCAAAGUGUCUUUUGGUCUGAAACAUUAAUGUCUGUGGAUGGUUUGUUCCUGAUCUCAGUGAUCAUUUUACUCCAACUGCUUUCAGAAUACAUGUUGAUGUCGUCACUUUAUUCCUUUCUUUAAAUGUACAAGUUGACAUUAAAUGAAUACAGUACAAGGGUCCACUGUGGACAGAGAGUAAGUACAGGUUUUUCUACUGUCAUUUAAAUCUUGACAUUCAGUUAAAAUCUCUCAAAAAGCACUUAGUGAACUAAGAAGGAAAGCCAGUUUAGUAUGUUAACUGUAGAUAAUGGAAAUAUGUAAUUUUACUGCCCCUAAAAUACUUGUUUAAUUACUUUAAUUUGGCUGAAUAAUGUAAAGUAGAAACCAGAUGUUUACAUACACUGUAAGAAUAGACAUUUAACUGACUGUCUGACAUAAAACCAGACAAAACCUUGGUUGGGAUUAUAUGUACAUAUUGGAAUAAUAAGGGAUUUUGGUAGAAUUUCCCUUUAAACUUUAUGAUUCAGGUCAAACAUUUCAGGUUUCCUUCUACAAGCUUCUCACAAUAGUUUGCUGGAAUUUUGACCCAUUCCUCCUGACAGAACUGGUGCGGGUUUAUGGGCCUCACUGCUCACACACCUUUUCAGCUUUACCCACAGAUUUUCUAUGGUACUGAGAUCCGGAAUUUGUGAGGGCUGCUCUAAAACGUAGACUAUGUGGACCAUAAGCCACUAGUUUGGUGGUAUGUUUACGGUUAUUCUCUAUUCAGAAGCCCUAUUUGUGCCUCAGCUUUAAGGUCUUUGCUGAUAUCUUGUUGCUUCAACAUUUCUCCGUAUUGUGCUUUCUUUAUUUCAUUUUGUGAAAACCCGUCCCUCCUGCAGAAAAAACAUCCUCACAGCAUGAUGCUCCCACCCCUCCCCCCACAGUUAGGAUUAUAUCCGCAGGCUUACAAGCUUUCCCUUUUUCCUCCAAAUGUCAAACUGGCUGUUAUGACCAAAACUUUAGUUUCAUCAAACCACAGGACAAACUGAAAUCUGGCUUUUUAUGUUGCUGUUGAUGUAAUGACGUCUUCCACACCGAGUGACCUUUCAGCCCCUGUUGAUACAGGACUAUGUUUACUGUGGAUAAUAACAGCCUCGUCUAAUCAGCCUCUUCACACGGUCUGCUGCGUUAGUUCUCGGGUUGAUUCAGACAUUUAACACCUAAUUAUUCUCUUGGACACAAAUCUACUGCUGAACGGUAUGGUGGCUUGACAUUCCAGUGCUGUUAAUGCCUGAUAAUUGUUGAUUGUUUGACCCAGUAAAUGGCUCUUUCAGGCCUCUGGAAAUCAUAGCCAAGGAUUAACCAGACUUAUGGAGGUCCACAAAACCCACAUAAUAUCUUGAUCGAUUUCUUUAAAUGUUUUGUCCCAUGAUGUCACACAAGGAGGCAGUGUGUUUAAGAUCUUGCCUUAAACGACAUCCCCGGUAUUUGCUUUCUGUAAACCUUAGAUGUUGUGAAUGAACCUACCAGAGGCUUAAAAGCAAUGACAUCAUCAUCUGGGCUUUUCCAAAUUGGCUUUGUAAUCUUAGUGUAUGUAAACGUCUAAAAGAAGUACCGUAAUAGAAAUAACAUUGGUAUUCCUAGCUGACCCGAAACAGGAAAAGACAGAUUUAAUGUUUACAGUGUGUGUAAAUAUCUGCUUUUAUCCACCUUACAUGAUACAUGGGUUUGCAUUGUGGUUGCAGACGGUUCUUGCAAGUCAUUUGCUGAUUGACGAUCUUCAGAAAUAAUAGAAAAUAGUUAUUAAGAUACAUAAUCUGUUGAACUGAAAAGCAAAAGAGAGAAAGCAAACACAAAUGUUGCAGCUUAUUGGAUCCAAAACUCUAAGGGCCGUUAUCAGGUUCUCUUUUGUUGGACGGACCACACCAGCGCAUUAAAACAGUUUGAGUCAGGUUUACUGGAACCAGGGUGGGGGGGUUAUACUGAAAGCUGGUGGAAGUCAUGAAAAGGAAAGGACUUGCUGUGUUUCAUGACUUCCUGCAAGAUGUGACGUUUUCACUGUUGCUUGCUGGGACUGGCUGUAUUUUUUCUUUUUAAAUGCACUUAUGUGAGAGUAUCCAAUGUUUUAUCAUUGCAUUGUUUUCAAUCACUUCUUUCUUACAGUAACCGGCUUUGUUUGUUUCAUUUUGCGAUACACAUUCUUUCAUUUAAUAUAAUGUUCAGUGUUGCAGGAUUAAAGUGAUAUUAACUCAU